AUGGACGUUCAGCUGGAGCCGACCUCACGUCUCGGCUCUUCGGAGGAAGCCCCCUGGGACUCGGACUCGGAAAAUUCUGAGCCCAGCUGGUCCCAGAGAGGAGUGUGUCCGGAUCUGGACCAGGACCAGGACCAAGACCGGGCCAGAGCUCAGAGGAAGCUGCUGCUGGCCGGAGCUGUGGGGAUUCUGUUCACAAUCGCCGAGGCUGUGGGAGGGUACCUGUCCCAGAGUCUGGCCGUGCUCUCUGACUCCGCCCACCUCCUCAGUGACGUGUGCAGCGUGGGACUCUCUCUCUUCUCCCUCUGGAUCUCCUCUCGAUCGCCCACAGACACCAUGACAUUUGGAUGGCACAGGGCAGAGGUGCUGGCCGUGCUGGUGUCCCUCCUCUCUCUGUGGGGGGUCACUCUGGUCCUCCUUUGGUCUGCAGGCCUCAGACUGAGACACGACUUCAGCCUCGACUCUAGGAUCAUGCUCCUGACGUCGUCCUGCGCCGUCUGCGUCAACCUUCUAAUGGUGUGUAUCCUGCAUCAGGGUUCUGCUCACACACACUCUCACGGCUCGGUGUGGGGUCAGAGAGGUCCCCACACACACGGUCCGGGUCCAGGUCCAAGUCUGGGUCCUGACCGGUCCAACUGCAGCGUGAGGGCAGCCUUCGUGCACGUGUUGGGGGACCUCCUGCAGAGUCUGGGGGUCCUGCUGGCGGCGGUUGUGAUCCACGUCUGGCCUCAAUACAAAGUUGCCGACCCCCUCUGCACCUUCCUCUUCUCGGCUCUGGUUUUAUGGACCACGAUUCCCGUCUUCAGAGACGUCCUCAGAGUCCUCAUGGAAGCGACUCCUCCGCACAUAGACCUGACUCAUCUCCGUGAGCUGCUCCUCAGUCUCCACGGCGUCACUUCUGUUCACAGCCUCAGAGUCUGGAGCCUGAGUCCAGGAUGCCCCCUGCUGUCUGUGCACAUCACUGCAGAGGGGGGGUCCGACUCUCAGCUUGUCCUGAGGAGCUGCACGGAUCUUCUGCUGUCGGAGUUUCACUUCAGACACAUCACUGUCCAAGUGGAGAAGAACCAGGACCAGGACUAA